UGAAAAUAUAAACUCCUAGGACCAAAAAAUAAAAAAAUAAAAAAAGAAAAAACUAAAUCCAUCUUCCCCAACCCAAAUAUCUCUCUCAUCACUCAUCGGUCCAAUUCUCUCACUAUUCUCACAGUUGUUAAUAGAAAGUAUAGCUCUGUAGAGAGAGAAACGGGGAGGGUAGAGAGAGAGAGAGGAGAAGACAGAUUGUGUUGUGGCGCUACUUUACUUUAUACUAUUUUCCAUUUCCCUUUCAAUCACUCUUCAUGCGUCCACUCAUUUGACUGAUUUAUUUUUCCCUCUAGGGUUUUUCAAUUUUUCCGUUUGAUUAUUUUUUUGGUUCAUUUUUCUGGCGCGGUCUCGGUGUAUUGUUAGGGUUCUUUCUUUCCCGGCACAGGUUUAGGGUUUAUUGAUUUCGGAUUGGUGUUAGCAUUGCGACAAUGGAGGCCGCGGCUGCUGCAGCCGCCGCCGCACGCGGUUCUUCUUUGUCCAUUCCGUCGUCUCAUUCUUCUCGCAAAGAGUGGCGGGUUGUCUCCGAGGCAUCGGUUCGGAAUUCUGGAAAUGAGGACUUGGAGCGUUCUAAAUUAGGACAGUCCGACGAGAGAUUGAUAUUCGAGGUGCAACAGGGGGGUAGUAGAGAGCCUGCAGAUGUGGACUUUUGUUCCAUUACAAUUGAUGGUAGUUUGGACAAUGAUAUUUUGCAGCAGAGGCUGCAUAGUGUGGUGAAACAAAGAGAAGAGUUGCAGCAAAUUGAGACUGAUCUUCGCGCUCAGCUCAUUGCUCGGGUAGAAAUAAUGGAGAUGCGAAAUACUUACGAUGCUCAGAUUAAGGAUCAUGCCAAUGUCAACAUCAAACUGCAGGAACAACUGCGAGAGAAAGAACAAAGGGUGCUUGAGUUGGAGAGAAAGAUUGAUGAGAAAGAUAGGGAAUUACAUGCCAUCAGACUAGACAAUGAAGCGGCUUGGGCGAAAGAAGAUCUUUUGCGAGAGCAAAGUAAAGAACUACAAACGUACAGGAGGGAACGUGAUAACAGUGAGGCAGAAAGGGCUCAGCAUAUCAAACAAAUUCAUGAUCUCCAGGAACAUUUUCAAGAAAAAGAGCAACAGUUGAUGGAGUUGCAGGAGCAGAAUAGAAUUGCCCAAGAGACCAUCCUCUACAAAGAUGAGCAACUCAGGGAGGCCCAGUCAUGGAUAACUCGUGUACAGGAGAUGGAUGCUCUACAAUCAACUACAAACCAGACUUUGCAAGCAGAACUUCGGGAGCGCACAGAACAAUAUAAUCAGCUUUGGCUUGGUUGUCAAAGACAGUUUGGUGAGAUGGAACGGCUUCACAUGCAUAUACAACAACUUCAGCUUGAACUGGCCGAGGCACGAGAGAGGAACACAUACUCAGAUAAGUCGCAUAUUUCUCCACCAAAUACAAAGGAUGUUUCCCAAAUGGGGCAGAGCAAUGGCGGCCAACUGGAAAUUAGUGGAAGUAGUUCAACUGAUGGUAGUUUUGGCUUGCCGAAUGGUAAUGGAGAUAAUGCCUCUUUUGUCUCUGUGGGGAAUGCAUCAGUUCAGGUUGAUCAUGCCCAGGGUGUUCCGAUUGCUGGAUCCUCCCUGCUGCCAAUGCCAACCUACCUACCCCAUGGGCAGGUGACUGCUUUGCAUCCUUAUGUAAUGCAUCAGCAAGGUGUUCCACAUUCUCUACCGUCACAUAUUGGACCUUUCCAUUCAGUGCCAGCUGUGUCUUCUGUUCAGCAGUGGCAAAACCAACAGGUUUUGUCAGAGGGUCCCAGCAUGGCUACUAACGACCAACAUCCUCCACUGCAAUCUGAAGCUACCAUGCUGAGAUCAGAUACCAGUUAUGGCUAUGAAUCCUCUGUCAAUGGACAUGUUCUUCAUUCAGAUUACAUGAAUGCGAAUAUCAGCCAAGGACUGGAGCCUCAUUCUGCUGUUUCAACACCGGACGUGGAGGGACGGGUGCUUGAGUCAAUGGAUAAAGGCUACCUCUCUGAAGCUCAUUCUCAACGGAGCUUGCAGCAAAUUUCCUCCCAGUUUCAUGAAGCUCUAAGAUUGGAUAAUCUUGAACACAAUAAUGAUCUGAAGGACAAGAAUGUCAACUCAUUACCUCAUCCUCCCGCUGAAGCCCAAGGGGUUUCUUUGGAGAAAACUGGUUCAGUAUCCAAUGUGUCAUCACCUGAAGAAGGGAAUAACACUGCAACUUUCAGUGAAAAUGCAUCUGACUCUGCCUCUGAUGUUGUUCUUACUGAAUCCUUUUCUUCCACCGGACAGAAAACCAUAGGCAUGGUUGGGAAAUCAUUAGAGGCUAAUCUUUUGGAUGAAAGGUCAUUAUUGGCUUGUAUUGUUCGUACAAUCCCUCCUGGCUCUGGUGGUAAAAUUAGGAUUAGUUCAACGCUUCCAAAUAGACUUGGGAAGAUGAUUGCUCCUCUACACUGGCAUGACUACAAAAGGAAGUAUGGAAAGCUUGACGAGUUUGUAGCCAGCCAUCCUGAAUUGUUUGUAAUCGAAGGAGACUUCAUUCAGCUUCGAGAAGGUGCGCAAGAAAUUAUAGCAGCUACAGCUGCUGUUGCCAAAGUUGCUGCUGCUGCAGCUGCUGGGCCAUCUGCUUACUCAUCGCUGCUGCCUUCUGUUGCUGUUACUCCAAUGGCGCAAACCCACCGGUUGAAAAAACCAUCAUCCAUUGAGUCCUCUUCUGGGAAGUCUGACGGGAGCGUAUUUAAAGAUUAUGCGCCAUCCAGAUCUCAGAAUCUCGGGGAUAAUUUAUCUCAGCUGUCUGCAACACAGAACCAGCGGCCAAAUGGUGUUUCUUUAAGCAAUUCAGCUGUAAAGAUAUUGAGCAAACCUAAGGAUCAGCUGGAGGUGAAUGGUCUUGAUGGCAAGCCUGGGCAAGCAGUGCUUUUGAGUUUUGGAAAUGGAACAAGCACUGAGAAGAAUGAUUUUAGAAGCUCCCAGGCCAAGGGUUCAACAAAUUGGAAGGCCAAUCUGAAUGUUGUUGGGAAACAGUCUGGAAGGUACUUGUAAUCUUUACCUGUUUGUUAUCUGCUUUACUUGCAGAAUGGUUACGGUUGAUUCAUUUUCCUUUUAGAAGAUAGGUAAGCAAUUGUUACGUUUUCACGUUCAGACAAUUACUUCUUGAGUUGGGUUUUUAUUCUUGAGUUUACUACUUUUUUUGGUGGUUGAUGAUCAUGUCGACCUUGUGGUUUUUUAAAUUUAUGGAGCCUGUAUAUUUGAUUGCAGCUUUCAUCUGUUAGAACAAGUUCUUUUCUUCUGCUAACAUCCAUAACUACUCCCUGAAUCAAAUUGAAGGCUUUUUUGUUGUCGACCUGAUUUUUUCCACUAGCAUGUGGAGUUCUUUGUUAAGGAUGUAUUCAUCCAAACAUGACUUUUGUAGCUCCAAGCAACUGUUUAAUUUUAUUGCAGAAGUCUAGUUGCAUUCAAUAAACAUAUUACCCACAGUUUAGAAGAUUGAGUUGGACAUUCAAUAAACAUAUUACCCACAGUUUAGAAGAUUGAGUUGGAAAUCAAAUGUGUAUCAUUAUCUGGCUCAAACAUUUCAUUCCGCUCAAAUUUGUUGCAUUUGGCGCUUCAUUUUCAUCAAAUUUGCAGGGCUUCAUGAGGAUGUGGGUGUUUGAUUGAAUGGCUAUGUUACAAAAGAGCAUCUGGGAAGUUUCACGUUUUGAUGACAAUAGCGGGGAUGAUGACAAGAGGGAGGAGGCCAACAUACUCUCCUAGUUCGAAUCUCCAGUUUACUCAGCAUUAGACAUCAGUUUAGGCAUUGCACCAUUAUUUAAAACUUGCCUCAUUCUCUCUCUGUAUUUUGAUAUGCUGAGAAACUGUGUAUUGUUCAUCAUCUUUUGUAAUCCUGAAACUGUGAAAUUGGUCGCAGAAAUUUAUUGCUACCUUUUUUCUCAAUUAGUUUGAAAAGUUUGAUCCAGAUUUAUAAAAUUUAGUUUGAUUACAUCAUAUAAUUUUAAAAAGAUACUAAUUUAUGGAUGGCUGGAUUGUUAAUGAAC